AUUAGUUCAUAUUUUUUACAUAUUGAACAAAUUGAGACUUUUCCAGGCUGGAAUGUUCCAGAUAGAUUCAUAAUUAUUGUGGAAGUGCCAACGUUCUUUACAGUUUGGGAUUCACUGAUGCAAAGAGUUAAUGAUUGAUCCCGUGAGAGAAAAAAUUCAAACUGGCUUCCAUCCCUUAUUACCACGCAUCAGGGAGAGUAUAAGGAGGCUUUGAGGUCAGGCCACAUACCAGCUUGGUCACACAAGAACAGUCAAGGAUGAUGAGCUUCUGAAAUUCUUUGAAUCCUUUCUGUCUGUCUUUCCAUCCUUUAAGGUCCCGUCAUUCAGAGGUUAAUUUUCCAAAAGACUGCCAUGAAUCAAUCCUUCAUGUGCCAAAUGCAAUGAUUUUUCUUGCAAAUUAUUGUCACAAACUGCAGAUGUGAUUCUGCUUAUUAAUAAACUAAAAAUAAGUGGAUUUGGGAAAGUUCAGAAAAGCAAAUAUAUUCAAAUCAUCAAAUCAAAGCAUAGACUAUUUUGUCCUAGAGAAGCAAAUGAAAAUUCUGAAUUCCCAACUUAUGGAAGGGAAAUUCUUUCUGCAUUAAAGCCAAGACCCUCUUCUGUCUUUGCAUUAAGGCUGUUAACAUGCAGCUCAUGAGAAUGGCCUCACAGCAAUUCCAGUGGUUCUUGCUGCCUCUAGAAAGAUUAAGAACAGUGUGCAAUUCUGCAUUCCUUUUCCAACCUUGUUUUUCUCUUCCCAUCUGUUCAGGGGUAUUUCUUCCUUCCCUUGUGCUCAUCCUUAUUUUUUGUUCUCUGGAAAGGGAGUUCACAAUGUUUGCAGGAUCUUCACAUUACUGAAGGUGACACUAGUAGACUCCAUCUGACUGCAGAGAGAUGCUGCUUCUUUUAAACUGGUGAAACAACCUUGUCAGCAUCUUCACUUGGCUCUCUCAGCUUUGCCAACUUGACUUUUAAAAAUUCAGUUGAUGUAAUGCUGUAUUCUUCUUUGAGGCUUUCACUCUGCGUUCUGGAGUUGAGAUACUGAUAACGUUGUUCGCAGAUUUCACAAAAUGUUCUUUUCUGAUUGAAAGGAUGUUCUUAAGAAUGAGAAUUUACCUUCGAGUUUGAAGUAAACUAGUCAAACUAGUCUGUAGAAAGAAAGGUUCCAUCAUGGGAUUUAAAUUAUGCUAAUAGAAUAAUGACAUAGAUCAGUCUGUCUUGAAUUUGCUUUGAAAAUAUGCAUCUUGGUUUUUUUCUAGCUCUUUUGUGCCCACCCUGACCUAGUAAUGUUGUUUUUAUUUACUUUGUGGGUUCAAAAUGCUCUGUAUCUCUGGCGACUGAUUUGAAUCUUUUAUUAUUGUGUCAUGCUGGUCACUGAAUGAAACUUCAUUGAAGCUGAUGGGCUUAUUAAUAUUCAUGCUUAAUUCGCAAUAAAUGCAGUCCCCAUGCUUUUCUGCCAACUGACAGCUGAAACAGUAUCAGCCACACCUAGAGCACAGGACACAGGGACAAGAGAUUUAAGGAACCUGUGUAGGAAGUUCUGCUGUUGGUUCAGAUAAAAUGUUUCUGUGUGUGCUGAAACAUCAAACUAAAGAAAAACUACAAAAUAAGGCCAGAGAAGCUAUGUGAAUGUAUUUUAAGCAAGAAAAGGGAAGAAGACCGUUUUUGUGCACAGUUCUUGAAAGGAGACUUGGAACUACAAGCAAAGAGAUGGUUUAUUUCUGCUCUGGAUUUACCUUCUUUCUAGGGGAACAAAACCAUAAUGUGGACAUAAAAGGCAUUGCACCUGAUAAAUUCCUCACUCCAUCACUGUGUUAUCUCCCUAAUGAAAAUAGCCUACAAACCUCCUCUUGGCUCAACCUAAGUCAAAAAUUGUGACAGUAAUAGCAGAGUGAAUCCAGUUUCUGAGGAGAUAAGUUGAAAGUUUCUAUUAACCUUGAACUUGCUUGGAACAUGGAGAAAGAAAAAAACACUUUCACUUGAAAUUAUUUUAUAUUUCUAAUAUCCUGGAGGAUAAUUACUUAUAUUGUUUCACCUUAAAUAAUGUACAUUGCUACUACCCAAACAUGAUAUUCUUGGGAAGGAAAUUGAGAUUUAUUCAUUACUUCAGGAGCACAGCUCAUAGUCUGAGCAGAUAUGUGUGACAGGGGUUUAAGCAGUCAGUUUGGCUGCUGACAUGUUACUACACUUCUUGGAAAAAACUCAAUUCUUUAGCAUUUGGAGCUAGAGCCUGGCUCUGUACUGUGGAACCUAUCACCCCAAAUUGUCCAGAACGUGGCUGCAGGGUGGGAAGGUGAAUAAAAAUCUACCUGUCCUGGCAGGAAUCCAGAGAAGAUUUGGGUGGUUUCUGCCAGAAACUGAAGACUUCUAGGACAUACUGACAUUAAAUUAAUUGGAUUAAAUUCAGUGGAAGAAAGCCAGAAGAGUUCUGAGGGGAUGUGGAAUUCUCUGCAGAACCUGAGUCCUCCUGCAUCAGUGCAUCAGAAGAGGAAGCAGUUAGCAGUGAAGAAAAUGGAAAUGGAUUGUUACAAGCUCAUAAAUACAUGGACUAUGGAGAAGGAGAUUUUGAUCUCUCCCCUGACUGAUGGUUUUGUGUUGAUUCUUUUUAGCAUAGAAAGGGUUUCUAAAAUAAGAGAAUUUAAAAAUCAUGUAAAACAAGAAAUUCCAAUUAAUUGCUGAGAUGCUAAAACCUUGGCCAUAAUUAACAAAUAAAUAAACAAAUGUAUUUGAAAUAAAGCAUGAUGCCUCAGUAGUUGUGAGGACAUAUGAAUUCAUAAUUAUUUUUUAUUUCUUUGUGAUAAAAUAUGAAUAAUGAGCACCUAUGAAGUGCCCUACAGGGUCAAUUUAUGGAAAUCCAUUUUAAAGAUAAAGCCCAGGUCAGAGAAGGAAAGAAUCUAUAAAGGCAACAGAUCUGAAUGGAUAGAUUAUCAAUGUGUAAAAGCGCACAUUUGUAGCUACCUGCUGUAGUAGUUUUCUAGAAAAAGAAAGAAAAGAUAAAGGAAACAAUUUUCACAAAGGGAUUCUAGCUGCUGAAGUGUUUUUGGCUUUGAAAGAGAGAUGGAUGCUUGUUUAUUUGCUAAGCACUUUUGAUGAGCAAAAGCAGUAGGAAAAAUAUAGAUGCAAAGCAGGAAGAAAUAUAUCUAAUAAACACAGGGAUGCAGGAAAACUGCAGGGGAGAAAAAUAAGCUUAUUUUGGUGCUGAAUUUACCCCAAAGCAUUGCUCUAGCAUUAAAUGUAAAGCAUGUGAUGAGCUAAGAAACUUUUAUCAUCGGAAAGCAAUCGUCCUGAUCAAAUAUAGACCCUUUACAGUAAUGAUGAAAGGGAAAUACUUUAUUAAACAGCUAACUCACCGUUUACCUGCUGCAAAGAUGGAGUAAGUCCUCUGAGCCAUCAAGGAAUUAAUCACACCUUCCUCAGUUUGAAGCCUAACCUUUUCAUCAUUGUUCUGAUGAAAAGAUAAAAGCAGAUCCUGUAGGCUACUGAAAGGAUGUUUACAGGAGGAUUCAUGCUUGGUAAAGGAUAGAGGGAGCCAGGGACGAGGCACAAAGAGAAGACUGACCCAAGACUGACUCACAGCAGACUAAGGCCCCUGGUGGGAAACACACACUGUGUCCCCACUGCAUUUGAAGAAACACUGGGAAUGAUGUUCCAUGGCACAUAAUGCUUGUUCCAUCUGCCAGAGACCCCUGAUAAGCUGGAGAUUUCUUCCUGGCUACUGUGCCCAAGAGAUAGAGCCUGUUUAAAAGAGAGGCCAGUGUGCACGUACCACAUCCACUUGAACUUUCUGAGAAAAAAAAAAAAAAAAGGGGGUAAGGCUUCCAUCUGUUCAGCUUUACAGACAAUCAGCCACACUUUGUAAAACUCUUCUUACUACAGAGCAGUGACUUGGAAGUUGAACAGAAUUGCAAAAGCAGUGGAUAGAUGAGCAAAGGGAGGCGUUUCAAAGCUGAGCUAAAUGCUGGUGCUGCAUUUCUGGAGCUCAUCAGAGCUGUUAACAACCCUGGUGCUCCUGUCCAAGCCUGUUUCAGGUUGCCUUUUGUGUGGCGCAGGGAUUCCACUAUUUACACUAUGAGAGAAGUACAAAACAGAUUAAUGAAGUCGGCAGUAGCGAUUUGCAGCAAAUGUAGAAGUAAGAAGCAUUUCUUCAGGUUUUGUACUGGAAAUCUCAUAGGUAGUGCACCCCCACGGGGGUUCUUGAUAGUUGUGAGUCAUAAAGAUGUACUGCAAAGUUUUAGCAAUUACCUUUAGUAAAGCUCAUGUCUAAUUGAGAAAGCUUUGAUGGAGCAGAUGCUGCCUGAAAAAGACAGAAAGGAACUGAUUUAUUAAGAAAUGUGUUUAGACAGAAAUAGAUGCUGCUUUGUUUAAUGUGAGGGGGGGCAUAGGUUCCUGCAGCAUACUCUGAGUCCUUUUAAAGAGAGGACCCAGAUACCAGAGGAGAGUAAUGAAAUGGUAGAUCCAUCCAUGCUAGAAUGCAGUACCACCAUUUCUUAUAUAAUAAAGGCUUUUAAUUUACAGCAGAAAGUUUGAAAUAUUAAAGAUUAAGUAGAGAAGAUAGGAAUUGCUUCCCAACAGCAGAUGAUGAUUGAUGCAUGUUGCAAAACCUAAGCAAAAUCGAAGAUGUGGGAAAAAAAGAGCAUCAUUCUUGUGAGGCAUUUAUUUCAGUGGAUAUUUCUACUUGAUAUGGACUGGUAGUCAAUUUUUUUGGGUUCCAGUGAAGAGUUAUUGAAGGCCAGCAAAGAAACCUUGACAUCAGAACCCAAGAUUUUAAAAGCUUCUCUUUUAGUUGAAAGGGGAAAAAUGUGAAGAACUGAUUUUAAAGCUGAUAGAGGUGAGAAGAGAUGGAAGUGUUCCUUAUGGCUGUUCCCAAAUCCUAAAAUAUCAGAAUACAGAACAUUUGCUUCAGAAAUUAUAUCUUUAAAUUGGCAUGGUCUAUCUCAUUAUAUGUUAAAGAAAUGGGAAACUGAGAAAUAGUAGGAACACAUUUAUUGACAUUCCUUAAAGGGUUAUGAAAUAAUCAUGAAAAGAUUACACUAAAGUCUUGGGCUGGUGAUGAAAAUUACUUGAAAUAAAUGUAGCAUGCAAAUACUACUAUUUUUAAAUAAUUUAUAUUUGUUAAAUUACUUCUAUCUGCUGGCAUGGACCUUGGUGCCAUUCUAGAUUCCACCACUGUGACAGACCAAAAGUGUUACACGGUGGGUGAAAUUUGCUGUGUAUGUGCUAACACUCUUCCUUUAAACUAGUGAAAAACCGCUCUAAGUUUCUUAUCCACUGGGCAGCUGGAGCUCUAGGGACUGUUAAAGCAUAGACACCAUGCAGGGCUGACAAUGAGUUUGUGCACAGGUGGGUCUGAAUGAAAAUCCUGUGAACUGGAAGGAGCUGUGUGUGCAGGAGUGUAGGGGAGAGAGAGAGGAACACCACAGCAGCACACACAUAAAAGAAAUGCUGGAGAAGCUCUUAGAACAUCUGGGGGAAAAAAAGUGCAAAGAGUGCUAUGGGACAAGUGCCAUACAGGAAAUGCUGGGAACCAGGAACUCCAUGGGAAAUUAUUUCCUUCACUUGCUGCAUAUUGAAUUUAGGACAGCAGAACUGUAUGUAUACUGUUUGUAAAUAAACAUGAUUGUGCCAAAGGGGUAACUGACUUAUCAUUGUCUUUCCCACCUAUAUGACCCUUUUGUUUUUAGCUUACUGGUUGGGUCCAAAGGAUAUCCAUAAUUUGGAUUGUUUGGGAAAUCUAGCUCAACUGUGUGAAACCAGCAAAUCCCCAUAAGGGGGAGUUUCAUGAAUAGAGUUUUGCUUUUUUUCCCCCCUCCCUUUUCCUCUCUCCACCUGAUAGUAGAGUGACUUAAUACCGAGUAUCUGGGCUACCAUUAAGGGACUUGGAGCAAACAGAUUAACAGGUAAGAAAUGAGCUAUGUUAAUGGAAUGUGCAUUAUAAAAAGGCAAAGUGGUCCUUUUAGACAAAGUCAAGAAAGGAGGUUAUACUGUUUUCAUGUGCUAUACCUACAUAUAAUUUAUAUGAAAAUGAAAAUGUAUUACUUGUUUUAACAUCUUUUUUUUUUGCAAUAAUUACGGGCUUGCUGUGGUAUGGAAGUGACCUAAUAGUUACAAUUGUGACCUCUAAGUUAUUGUUAAUUUUACUGUCAGUAUGUGCUUCACAUCUCCUACUUAAUGGUAUGCUAAUUGUACAGCAGGAUGUCACAUUCUCCAACAUACAGAUUCCCUAUUUCAAUUACAGCUAAGUAAAUCUCCAUUACUAAUGAGUAAGCAUUUCUUUUCCAUGUACAUUUGCAUUAUAAUGGACAUUUUCUUUGUGCACUAAAAUUAUUCUUUCCUUGACAACAACUUUGUAUUUUAUUUUACAGUAAAGGCUACGACAUGAUGAUUCAUUCCUUUCUGUUGGGUUUAUCUGUAUUUAAAUUGUCAAAUGCUCUGGAUAGCCUGACAUUUUCUAUCCCAUGUUAUUUUUCUGUACUUCCAGAAUAAAUGUAUGUAUUUGCUUUAAGACAACCUACUUAGGACAAAUGACAAAGAAAGUAAGCUUACGUGCCGGUCAUAAAUUAAGACGUAUUUUUGAAAUUGUUGCAGUACUUCCCUCAUGCUGCCGAGUGAACCUCAGCUAAUAAUGUCAGUGCAAAGUGACCUUUAUGAUAUAAUGUUUGACAGAUUUGAAUAUAAAGAACAAGUGACCACGUGUGACCCAUAUGAUUGCAAGAUCCUGCUCUGCUUAACAGAGCAUAGCUCUUUGGCUAUUUCACACAGUCCCCCAAACUCAUUUGCUGUCCUGCUGGUGCAUAGAUGCACGAAUGCAGCGGGCAGCUGGGCAGGAUGAAGGGGGAAGGUCUCUGCUGGAUCUGAGUUCCCAAAUCCGCUCCCUCUCGGGGCCAGGCUGGUGCUGCUGAACCGCUGAACUUGGGCAGAGGAUUCCCUUUGUCUGCGGCACAGUGACCCCGGAGCCCUUCCCUCCCUCGCCAGGAAACUCAGUCCCUGUGGCGGAGAUCCUUCCUCAGUCUGCAUGGCCCUGGGAAAAUGUAUCACCUUUUAUACACAAACAAGGACUGCCUACGGUAUGCAGCCUUUUUCCCAGACAGCAGCAAAAAACAAGGACUGGGAAACAGAAAAUCAUGACUGGUAUUGUUUUGAAUGCCAUUUGCCUGGAGAGGUGUUGAUAUGUGACCUGUGUUUUCGUGUGUAUCAUUCCAAGUGUUUGUCUGAUGAGUUCAGGCUUAGAGACAGCAGUAGUCACUGGCAGUGCCCAGUUUGCAGGAGUAUCAAGAAGAAGAACACAAGUAAACAAGAGAUGAGCACGUACCUGCGCUUCAUCGUGUCCCGGAUGAAGGAGCGGGCUAUAGAUCUAAACAAGAAGGGGAAGGACAACAAACACCCAAUGUAUCGAAGGCUGGUGCACUCAGCUGUUGAUGUUCCUACUAUACAGGAGAAAGUAAAUGAAGGAAAGUACAGGAGUUAUGAGGAGUUCAAAGCAGAUGCUCAACUGCUUCUACACAACACAGUGAUUUUCUAUGGAGCGGACAGUGAACAAGCUGAUAUAGCAAGGAUGCUUUACAAAGACACCUGCCAUGAACUGGAUGAACUGCAGCUUUGCAAGAACUGUUUCUAUUUGUCAAAUGCACGACCUGACAAUUGGUUCUGCUAUCCUUGUAUACCUAAUCAUGAGUUGGUUUGGGCCAAAAUGAAAGGCUUUGGGUUUUGGCCAGCCAAAGUCAUGCAGAAAGAGGACAAUCAAGUUGAUGUUCGCUUUUUUGGCCAUCACCACCAAAGGGCCUGGAUCCCCUCUGAAAACAUUCAAGACAUCACAGUUAACAUCCACCGGCUGCACGUGAAACGCAGCAUGGGCUGGAAGAAGGCCUGUGAUGAACUGGAACUGCACCAGCGCUUCCUUCGGGAGGGGAGAUUCUGGAAAUCAAAGAAUGAGGACAAAGGGGAAGAGGAGGCAGAGUCGAGCAUCUCUUCCACUAGCAAUGAGCAACUGAAGGUUACUCAGGAACCACGAGCAAAGAAAGGACGACGUAACCAGAGUAUGGAACUCAAGAAAGAAGAGCCAGAACCUGAAACUGAAGCAGUAAGUUCAAGCCAGGAAAUUCCCACAAUGCCUCAGCCCAUUGAAAAAGUUUCAGUCUCAACUCAGACCAAGAAGUUAAGUGCCUCUUCUCCAAAAAUGCUGCAUCGGAGCACCCAGACCAGUAAUGAUGGAGUGUGUCAGAACAUGUGCCAUGACAAAUACACCAAAAUCUUUAAUGAUUUCAAGGACAGGAUGAAAGCUGAUCACAAAAGAGAAACUGAGAGAGUCGUGCGAGAGGCAGUGGAAAAGCUGCGCACAGAGAUGGAAGAAGAGAAAAGGCAGGCUGUGAACAAAGCUGUGGCCAACGCACAAGGAGAGAUGGACAGAAAGUGUAAGCAGGUAAAGGAGAAGUGCAAAGAAGAAUUUUUAGAAGAAAUUAAGAAACUAGCAGGUCAGCACAAGCAACUGAUUUCCCAGACCAAGAAGAAGCAGUGGUGCUACAACUGUGAAGAGGAGGCCAUGUACCACUGCUGCUGGAACACUUCCUACUGCUCCAUCAAGUGUCAGCAGGAGCACUGGCAUGCCGAACACAAACGUACGUGCCGCAGGAAAAGAUGAAAGAGUUACUCCUCCCCUAGAGCACCACCCCAAUGAUUGCUAUUCUCAGACAGAGCGGUUUUUGUUUCCAAAAAAGAAAACAAAAAAAAAAGAAGCCAAAAUUGUUUAGAAUUUGCUUCCCAUUUUGCACCAGCCUUUAAACACUUUUCUUAGAAGAAGUUUUGCACAGUUAUUUCAGUCUUCUGUUAAAAAUGCUCCUCCAAAAUUUUGUCGGCAAAAUGAAUUGAACAUCUGUUGGAGCAGGUUACUUCAAAUAAUUUUAAACUAGAGGAUUUGUUGCAUUUUCAGCAAAUUUUAAGACAUUUUUAGGUUUUACAGAGAUUUUAAUCUUUAAAAACAGCAGAUCUAAAAACAAAAAAAUGAUGCAAGUUUAACAAAAGUUAAAAGUUUAACAUGUUUAAAAAACAUUUAAAAACUAGUUCUGAAUGUAAGAAGUACAGAACUGUUUCAGAAAAACGAAGCAUACUACCUUGAUGUAACAUUUAUUUCUUAACCUUGUUGAGCUGGUUUUGUUCAGCUUAAUUUUACUGUUUAAAGGCAUUAUCUAUUGGUUAUACCAGUGGGUACAUGAUUGAAUUUAGGGAACAGGGUUGACACAGCAGGUGCUAGUCCUGCAUAUUUUUUCUUAAAUAUUUCCCAACUGUGUUUUAUUUUCAUUAUUUCUUUUCAAUAUAUAACUUUUAUAACAAAAUAUUAGCUUUGAUCUUGUAGUUUAAAAUCACAGGGAACUGGGGUAAUCUUUUACUGAGCUGGAUCUUAGAGAAAAAUGAAUAUUUAAAUUUUGAAGUUUGCACAUUUCGUCUUUGUUCUAACAUGAGUGCUUAUAACAAGAAUAAGAAAAGCCAAAAAAAAAAAAACAAACAACAAAACAACAGACAAACAAAAGAACCCAACUACCUUUAUUCAUACUUGGAAUUUUGAGGCAUACAAAUUACUUUAUUGCCCCCUUUGGCCUCCCCAAUUCAAUGUCAUUUGACCACCUUUGAUCUGGUGUCACCUGGUCCAUUGUAACUGAUAACAAAAGGAGAAAAAAGCACUUAAGUUUCACAGAAGCCGUUAUGUUUGUAGUAAUGGGUCAUUGCCUAAUAAUGAGCUCCAUCACUGUACUCAGAAUGAAGAAUAAUGCAUGUUAAUUUUCUUGUAUUAAAGAUGCCGUGAUUUGUAAAAAGUCUGUAUUUUGCGGAAUGUCUGGAUUAAGAAGCAUUACCAAUAGGAAUGGAUCGAUAGUUGAAAAAUGAUUUUCUUUUUGUUUGUUUUAUAUAUAGAUAUAUGAAUUGCAUCCAUGUUCAGAGACAAUUUUUUAAAUAGAUGUAAAGCUUACUUAAAUAGCUUUUCUUUUAAAGUGUCUCCACAUUUUAGUUUCUUUCAAAGAUUGGUCUUAGACUGAGUCAUAUGCCCAUUAAUCAUCCAGCUAUUUUUUGAGAAGUUAGAGGAAUAAUUUGUAAAUAUUUAUUUAGAUCUUUGAUAUUUAUUGAAAGCAAUUACAUGAUGGAACGAUGGAAGCUGAAGAAUCAGGAGGAAAGCCUUUUAAAAAGUUUUCUCUAGGAUUUGUCAGGGUCAUUGUAAAGACAAAAAUAACUAAGACUUCUGUGAACUACCACUGAAAUUCUGACCUUUUUUACUUACAGUGGUGAUAUAAGUUAAUUGGCUAGAUACUGCCAAAUAAUGCCCAAUAUGUUGCAGAAAUUGAGUGGUAAGCUGAUUGGAAAAAAUAGUAAGUAGAUGGUAACUUGUAUUACCACAGCUGCAUUAUUGCCUGAUAAAUGUGUAAUUAACUUUUGUCGCCUCUGUGUUGUGACUGUAAAACACUUCACAACUAAAAAUCAAUCUCGUUCGAUUACUUUACAAGUUCCAAAACUUCGAUCCACCCCUAUGAAAGCAAGUAUUGUGGAAAUAUUUUUUGGUGUAAAAUCAUUCCAGAAUAUGUAAUAUUUAACUGAUAGCUGCAUGAAAGUAAGAUUCGUGUUACUUUGGCUUUUUUGUCUCUGUUGACACGGUUGCACAUUUCCAAGUUACUACAGCGUGAAAACUGUGUGUUUUAAAGAAAAAAAAAAAACAAAACAAAAAAAAAAAAGAUUGUGGCCUGGUUUUGUAUAAGUUUUAGGUAAAAUUACAAUUGAUUGUUUUAGGAACCAUGAUUUAAAAUUAAUUUUUUCUGCAAAUCAUAAAGCUAUAUUAAAGUGUUGAGCUUAGCCACUAUGCACAUUGUAAUUAUUCAUUGUGGCUGUCCAGUUUAUGAUGCAUUCUGGCAUUUUGUAAGCUGCUCUGACUAGCAAUAUAUAGAGUCAUUUAAUGUGUUAACAUUGGUUAAUAAAUGUAUUUAAAAAAA